AGCACUGUGGCGACGAGAGUACGCGAGUGUAGAGUUGUUGUCGGAGAGGGAGGAGGAAGGCUGAGAGUAGACGGAAGGGAAAGAAGGAGUAAAAUAGCUUUUAAAUAAGGGUAAACACAACAUUUACCAUGGCGUCGGGGGACACGCUGUACAUAGAAGCGGACGGGUCCGAAAUGCCGGCAGAAAUAGUGGAACUGCACGAAAUCGAAGUAGAGACAAUCGAGACAACAGUUGUUGGAGACGACGGAGAGGACCAGCCUAUGAUCGCCUUACAGCCGCUUGACACGGAUGAUCCGAACUCGAUCCACUCGCACCAGGAGGUGAUUCUGGUGCAAACACGGGAAGAAGUGGUGGGCGACGAUGACUCCGAACUGCACACAGACGACGGUUUCGAGGACCAAAUCCUCAUCCCGGUGCCCGCCGUGGAGGAGGACUACAUAGAACAGACUCUGGUUACCGUUGCAGGGAAAAGCUCGUCGACGGGCCGCAUGAAGAAGUCUGGAAGUGGAAAGAAAGCGGGCAAAAAGAGCUACAUGGGCGGGGGAGACAUGGGCAGAAAAUGGGAACAGAAGCAGGUCCAGAUAAAGACUUUGGAGGGGGAGUUUUCAGUCACUAUGUGGGCUUCGGAUGACAAGAAAGACAUAGACCACGAGGAACAAAUAACAGGUGAAAACUCGCCUCCAGAUUACUCCGAGUACAUGACGGGGAAGAAGCUUCCUCCUGGAGGCAUCCCAGGCAUCGACCUGUCAGACCCCAAACAGCUGGCAGAGUUUGCGCGGAUGAAGCCAAGAAAAGUAAAAGAAGAUGACGCACCUAGAACGAUAGCCUGCCCACACAAAGGAUGCACCAAAAUGUUCAGGGAUAACUCAGCAAUGAGGAAGCACUUGCAUACCCACGGGCCCCGUGUGCAUGUCUGCGCAGAGUGUGGCAAAGCCUUUGUGGAGAGUUCCAAACUGAAGAGACACCAACUCGUACACACAGGAGAGAAGCCUUUCCAGUGCACAUUUGAGGGCUGUGGCAAGCGGUUUUCUCUGGACUUUAACUUGCGCACACACGUGCGUAUUCAUACUGGAGACCGCCCAUAUGUGUGCCCCUUUGAUGGCUGCAACAAAAAAUUUGCCCAGUCAACCAACCUGAAGUCUCACAUCCUCACACACGCCAAAGCCAAGAACAACCAGUGAAUCAGCCCUGGCGCCGUCUUACGACUUGAGCAUACACUGGAGGACCUGAUCUGUAUCUCCACUCCUUGACAAACUGAUGUCCUGUGGCCUGCUUCGUUGUGAGAUAAGAAGUCCCCAUUGUAUCGUCUCUAGAUGAAAGUUUAAAGAGAGAAAUAAACUUUUCUCAAACUUUAAAAUGGAGGUUUGAACACGGAACUCAUGAGAACCCCAACCCCUCAGGCCUCCUACCCUGCUUUGGCACUACCAGGAUGGAACAAUUCAUGGUUUCUUCUUGUGAAGAUGUUAAUUCAAGGAUCUGCACCUAAAACCUUAUUUAUACCUUAACACAGCCAAUUAAAGGUUUUGCAAUACAAGUCAAAUUUGCAUCAGUCUUCAGCAGUGACACCUUUUCAAUUUUGUACUUCUCCCCCAAGUGUGCAUAUUGUACACUGUUUGACAUAAGCUCUGUGGUGGUGUAUUUAGUGAGAUUGUCCCUGUAGCUCUUCUUGGAAGAGAUUUCGCAAUUUGUUUUACCCCAUCUUCUUUAUGGCAGUGUGUUUUCCAGGGAAAGUGAAAGGUCUUUGCAUAUUUUCAUUUUGUAUAACGCGAUAUCAGAAUCAUGUAGGGAAUAGCCAUGUGAUUUUCAUUAGUGGUCACUGAUUAAAAUGUUUCCCCCCCAUCGCACCAACAAUACAGAAAGUGUCAUUUGUGCUCUCAGACAUCAAAUCAGCUGUUCUAAUUGCACAGCUCAUGCUUAAUAUGGCAAAAAAAAGCAGAUGUCGCCAAGUUAAAAAAAAUCUUUAUUAAACAAGGCAGUCUCUUGCA